CAUUAACUUGAUUUGACUUAUUAGGUGGUAUAUGGGACUUUACACCUCACAUAUAUAGUGACUGUUUUCUACGAAGACCUUGACUCGUUUUAUAUCAUACCAGUCAAAGUAAACGAUAGUGAUCACUCUGUUUAGGCAUGCCACAUGACUUUAAAGUGUUUUCAGUUUUCAUCAACAGAGAUUUCCAUUUGUUAUAAAAUUUAGAUCUCAUUUCUUGUUGAAUUUUUAUAACCUUGGAAGUAUUUGCAUUGAACAUCUAAAUCCCAACCUUGCUUUGUCGAGUUUAUUUCAUUUGCUUAUUAUCUUAUCUGCAAUGGAGGGGAAGCUUAUCGUGGGACAACACUUGAUAUGGGUGAUGUUAUUGUUGUUGGGACAACUACAUGGAUACAAAAGCUGUAUUCAUAAAGAAAGGAAUGCUUUGUUGGAGCUCAAGAAAUACCCCAUCCCAAUUAAUGGAUCCCACUCUGUUCUCACUACUUGGGUUAACGACACAACGAGCGAUUGCUGUCAUUGGGAAGGUGUCACGUGCAAUCAUACAAGCGGACGGGUUAUCGGGCUUUCCAUUGAUCGGAUGUUCAUCGAAGAGAGUUCUCUCCUAAAUCUUUCUUUGUUGCAUCCCUUUGAAGAUAUUCGAAGUCUGGAUUUAUCCGAAUCCAUGUUCAAUGGCUUGUUUGAUGAUGUGGAAGGUUAUAAAAGCCUAAGAAGAUUAAGAAACCUGGAGAUUCUGGAUCUCUCUUCAAAUGCAUUCAAUAACAGCAUUUUCCCCUUUCUUAAUGCUGCUACAUCACUUAAAACUCUGUUUCUUCGGAGUAACCACAUGGAUGGCCUUUUUCAUGUUAAAGAAGUCAAAGAUUUGAGAAACUUGAGACUCUUGGACCUAAGUGAUAACAGAUUUAACGGCUUUAUACCAGUACGAGACUUACCAGCCUUAAGGAAGCUGAAAGCUCUGGAUCUACAUGGUAACUGGUUGACCGGAACUAUGGGAUUGCAAGGGAUUUGCGAAUUGAAAAAUAUGGAAGAGCUCAAUCUCAGUAAUAAUUAUCUAGAAGGCCAGCUUCCUUUAUGUAUAACUAGAUUGACUGGACUUCGAGUUCUUGAUCUCUCAUCAAACAUAUUGACCGGGAAACUACCAUCUGCUCUCGGUAGCCUAAAAUCCCUUGAGUACUUGUCGCUGGUUGAUAAUGACUUUGAUGGCUUCUUUUCUCUUGGUUGGCUCGCCAACCUCUCAGAGCUUACGGUGCUCAAACUUUCUUCAAAAUCCAACUCUCUUCAUGUAGAGUCAGAUAAAUCUUGGAAGCCAAAAUCUCAGAUGAUUGCUCUUGUACUAAGAUCUUGCAACUUAGAGAAGGUUCCUCAUUUUCUCCUACACCAGAAGGAUUUGCGUCUAGUUGAUCUUGUAGACAAUAAAAUUACUGAACAUUUUCCUUCUUGGUUGUUGGAGAACAAUACGAAACUUGAAAGGUUGUAUCUACAGAAUAAUUCCUUUACAACCUUUCAAUUACCAAAAUCUUCUCAUGAUCUCCGUUUCCUGGAUGUGUCAUUCAAUCAGUUCAAUCAUCUCGUUCCAGAUAACAUUGGGUGGAUACUUUCUCAUUUACAGUUUAUGAAUCUAGGGUAUAAUGGUUUUCAAGGAAAUAUACCAUCUUCCCUAGGUAACAUGAAGAGUAUUGAACAUCUUGAUCUAUCUCACAACAGUUUUCACGGGAAGCUACCAAGAAGUCUAUUAAAUGGUUGUUAUUCUUUGUCAACCUUGAAGCUAUCACAUAACAAACUAAGUGGUCGGAUUUUCCCAGGAUCAACAAACUCCACUUAUCUAUCUGUGUUGUAUUUGGAUAACAAUCAGUUUACAGGAGAGAUUGGAAAAGGUUUGCGGACCUUGAAAAAUUUGCAACUGCUUGACAUUUCAUACAACAAUCUCACAGGGGUUAUACCAAGUUGGUUUGACGAACUUCCAUACAUAGGCGCACUGUUGUUUUCAAACAACUUGUUGGAAGGUGAAAUACCUAUUUCGUUGUUCAAUAUAUCCAACCUUCAACUAUUGGACCUCUCUGCAAACAGUUUAUCUGGGCACUUACCUCCACAAGUCUAUUCUACUACACAUCAUGUAGUGUUACUCAUGCAAGACAAUAAUUUAUCAGGGGUUAUUCCAGAAACAUUGCUAGGAAAUGUCACCGUACUUGAUCUGACAAAUAACAAGUUGUCUGGAAAUAUUCCCGAGUUUGUCAACACGGAAACAAUAAAUUUUCUUCUUCUUCGAGGGAAUAAUUUGACAGGUCGUAUACCUCGCCAGUUGUGUGCCGGCAUUCAGCUUCUGGAUCUUGCUAACAACAGACUAAAUGGAUCCAUACCUUCAUGUCUUAGCAAUGUAUCAUUUGGUGUGGAAGAAGAGUAUCUUGGUACUGGCUUUCAUUCUAUUGAUGCCUUGCCUUUUUCUUAUCCGAAAUUGGACUACACAGAAAAUAUCGGUAUUUAUGUCAAAUAUCUGCUUAUGCUAGACCAGGUAUUUAGCAACUAUGAGGGAGGCAGGCAGCCAACAAUUGAAUUUGCAACAAAACACAGAUAUGAUACCUAUAUGGGAGACAUUCUUGGAUUAUUGUUUGGAAUUGAUCUUUCAGAAAAUGAGUUAAGCAGUGAUAUCCCAGUAGAGCUUGGAGAUUUUCUGAAACUACAUGCUCUCAAUCUAUCUCACAACAACUUAUCAGGAGUGAUACCAGAAAGCUUUUCAGGUCUUAAGAAUGUGGAAAGCCUUGAUCUUUCUUUCAACAGAUUACAAGGCCUAAUCCCACCACAACUAACAGAUUUGAGCAGCCUUGCUGUCUUCAAUGUCUCAUUCAACAACUUAUCAGGAGUCAUUCCAGACGGAAGACAGUUUAAUACCUUUGAUACGCAAAGCUACUUAGGUAAUCCUUUUCUUUGUGGCCAAGCAAACAGAAUAAGUUGUAAUGGUAAUACUUUUCAAGAACCAGAUAGUGGAGUGGAAGCUGCUGAUGAAUCCACCACAAUCGACAUGGAAUCAUUCUACUGGAGUUCUGUUGCAGCCUAUGUGACAAUACUUCUUGGGUUACUCGCAUCACUCUCAUUUGAUUCUCCUUGGAGCAGAGUUUGGUUCUACAACGUUGAUGUUUUCGUCCACAAGGCUAGGAAUUUGUUGUGGUAAACUACUGCAGGCGCUAGAUCCUUCUUAUGUGUUUGUUUCAUAGUCAUGUCCAUCUGUUGUCGUUCUUAUGAAACCUCAUACUUUGUCUCACAAACUACAGCAUGCAUUACGUUUGGUUCCCCUGUACUCUGUCUUUUCAUAAGUGUAAUGUCUUAAUCA